AUUAGGCAUUUCAGCGUUUACUUUGUGGCUGGUUUUGGGUUGCAGAAUGUGAAUGUGUUUCUGUGUUUCUGCGUCUUUGUGUGUUAGUGGAUCAGAGUGUUGUUGGGAAACAGGCUUUUGGAUCAGUUUAUGUAACUCAACCUGCUUCUCUAAGCAGACAUCACUUUAAUUUUGUGCAAAAACAUAUAAUUUUGUGAGUGUGCCAAGUAAAAUAAUGAAAAUAACUAAAUCGAGUAUAUGCCCUGUGUAAGUAAAUGACCUGAUGAUUAACAAGAAUUGACAGUGUGCAAGAAUUGACACGUGAACAGGAAAUGUUAUUAUUGUGAGUUCCUUGAAACUGUUUUUCUUGUGAUCUUUUGGCAGAUCACAUGGUAAAAAAACUGAACAUGAUCUUGUUUUGUGAUGACAGGUACUGUGUGGAAGGACACGUGUUUGAGUUUUGAGAAAGAAGGAGAGAGAAAUAACACAGUACAGCAGCAUUCAUGUUCUCCAGUUGAUUUUCAACACCCUUUAACUCCACGUUGAACCUAUGGCUUAUGGUGUGAGGUGACACAGGGCCAUGAGAGAGAGAGAGGGGGGGGAGGAGAGAGAGAGAGAGUCUGAAGAGCAGCUGUCCCUCUAUGUCACGGAUCAUCCAUCCACCCACCCAACCCACACCCCCACGCUCAUAAAACAGGAGACUGUGGAUGGCUGGCAUGGAAUGGGAGUAACACACACCCCCACGCUCAUAAAACAGGAGGCUGUGGAUGGCUGGCAUGGCAUGGGAGUAACGCACCCAGCAAAUGGCUCUCGCUCAUUUCUCUAGAGAUGAGCUGUUUGGAGUGAGUUUUCUCAUGACGUCUUCGCCAGAGAUCUUCGCCUCCCAAGCAAAACCCAUCCUGGAAAUUAUUUGGUUAUGAGAACCUGCAUUCAUACAGGGAACUGGCAGGCGGUAAUAUGUUUGGGGAGCCUGUUGCCCACCUGUGGGUGUGGGGUGUGCUGCUCCUCCUGUGGUGCGCCAGCGUGUCGGCCGCAGACGUCGUCCCGUGGCCCUGCCCUCAGCGCUGUGACUGCAGCCCGGAGACGCAGGAGGUGAACUGCUCCCGGAAGUAUCUGACGGCCGUGCCCGAGGGCUUCGCGGCCGACACAAAGCGCCUGGAUCUGUCGUCCAACCGGCUGAAGACGCUGAGCCGCCGGCAGUUCUCCGGCCUCUCCAAGCUCCAGGAGCUGGACCUGAGCAACAACGUGCUCUCCAUGAUGGAGGUGGAGGCCUUCCAGGGGCUGCAGAGCCUCCGCAUGCUCAAGAUCCGUAGCAACCGGCUCAAGAUCAUCCCUGUAGGCGUCUUCACGGGGCUGUCCAACCUGCGCAGCCUGGACCUCAGCGAGAACGAGAUCCUGGUUUUCCUGGACUACACCUUCCGCGACAUGGCCAGCCUGCAGCAGCUGAACGCGGGCGAGAACGACCUGGUGUUCAUCUCGCAGCGCGCCUUCGUGGGCCUCCAGGGCCUGCAGGAGCUCAACGUGGACCGCAGCAACUUGACGUCCGUGCCCAGCGAGGCGCUGUCGCAACUGGGCGGGCUGGUCAAGCUGCGCUUGCGCCGGCUGACCAUCAGCGCACUGCCCAACAAUGCCUUCCGUAGGCUGCACCAGCUGCGCAGCCUCAAGAUCCUGCACUGGCCCUCGCUGGACACUGUGGGCAGCAACAGCCUGCUGGGCCUCAACCUCACCACACUGGCCAUCACCAACUGCAACCUGAGCGCCGUGCCGUAUGCCGCCAUGAGGCACCUGAUCUACCUGCGCUACCUGGACCUCUCCUACAACCCCAUCACCACCAUCCUGAGCAACCAGCUCGGGGACCUACUGAGGCUGCAGGAGCUGCACCUGGUCGGUGGCGGCCUGUUGCGGAUCGAGCCGGCGGCGUUCCGGGGGCUGCCGCACUUCCGGCUGCUCAACGUGUCAUCCAACCGGCUGACCACGCUGGAGGAGAGCGCCUUCCACUCGGUGGGCAACCUGCAGAUCCUGCGCCUGGACCGCAACCCACUGGCGUGCGACUGCCGCCUGCUGUGGGUGGCGCGCCGGCGCCUGCGGCUGGACUUCGAUGGGCGCCAGCCCGUGUGCGCCGCGCCCGAACGUGCCCGCGGCCGCCGCAUCAGCGACUUCUCCGAGGGCGAGUUGCCGGUGGUGUUCACCUGCCGACAGGCCUACAUCCCCGACCGCCGGCCCCAGGAGGUGCUGGCCGAGGAGGGCACCACGGCGCUGUUCGACUGCAAGGCCGAGGGCUAUCCGCUGCCCAGCAUCACCUGGCUGUCCACGCAGCAGACCAUGCUCACGUCCAUGGGCCGUAUCCGCGUGCUGGCCAACGGCUCCCUGGAGGUGCGCUACGCCCAGGUGCAGGACAGCGGCACCUACAUGUGCCUGGCCACCAACGCCGCCGGCAACGACAGCAUCUUCGUCAAGCUCCAGGUGCAGGGCUUCCCGCGCAACCGCACGGCGCCCUACUACCCCGAGGGCGGCUGGAGCACCACACCGUACCCGCCCUCCACCAACACCUCCGCACAGGUGACGAACCCGUACCCCUUCGACGCCAAGACGCUGGUCAUCGCCACCACCAUGGGCUUCCUGUCCUUCCUGAGCUCGGUGGCCAUCUGCUUCGUGUUCAUGUUCUUCUGGAGCCAGAGCAAGGGCCAGAUCAAACACACGGCCACCAUCGACUUUGUGCCGCGGUCCUCCAUGGGCGGUGGCGGGGACGGGGACACGGGGAGGUUCACUAUGAAGCUCAUCUGAAAAGAGGAAGUGAUGUCGCUGGCACUAUGGCACACGCUGGCACUCAAACCAUAGUUUCAAUGUCUAUAACUCAAACAGGCCUUCAAAAGCUGCUUGUUAACCUGCUUAGACAGAGCGGGAAUCUGUAAUAAUAAUAAUAAUAAUAAUGAUAAUAAUAAGGGUUUGCUAUCAACUGUGUCGUCUGUCAUUUAUAGUCUGUGUUCCAAGUGUUGAACUGGUUAAACUGACAAUUGCUUUAUGCUGUAUGUUAUAUGGCAUUUAACCAUGUACGAUAUUCUCUAUUUUUCAUUAAGGUACAAUUUAAUUUAAUUCAUGUAUUGUAAAUUGCAGUCCUCUCUGCAGUGUAUAUAUAUUUUGCAUGAAGUGCCACAUUUAGCAGCAGUAUUUUGAUACAGAAGUCAGUGAAGGCACAUAUGAAUGAUUCUAGUAUUAUUGGUCUUCCUGGGAGAUUUGAUAGAGAUGCUUUAUGUCUCAUAUAUAUAUAUAUAUAUAUAUAAAUUCAUAUCAACGUGUGGCUGUUAUACCUAAAUAUAGGAUUUCUCUCACCAAAAAUGAUUCUAAGCAUAGACGGACAUUCAAUUCUAAUAAUUUAUGUUUUGGGUGCUUUUGAACUGUAAGCGUUAGAAUACAUUUCAGUAUUGAUUUGAUGGUAAAAACAAAAUCAAUGUUCUUCUUCCAUUUUACACUUACACUGCAUAACCAUGCAUACCUUGCAGGCACAAUGCUGACAAGUAUCUCCCAUGUUGCCACUAGUGUAGUGCUUUCCCUAAAGCUUUUAUGGGCAAAUCAGGAACACACCUCAGCGAAUAUUUUGCUUUGCAAAUUUUCACUUUGAGUUUUUAUAAAUAGCCUAUUCAUGACAUUUCUUUUUGAAAACCUCUUUGUAAACCUCUUUCAUUUUGCAUUAAAACAAUAUGCAAUUUGGCUGUUGAGCUGUCAAUGUUUGCCUUUGAUUGUUUUAAACGAAUGGAAGAGAAGAGAAAUGAAAGUGAAUGCACAACUUCAUGCACUAUGCACUAGGUUUCCUACACACACUAAGUAUGUCAGUGACAACUUCCCUUUUCUGCAAGCAGAAUUGUGCUUAUAGCUUGUGAAAAUGUGAAAAGUAAAGUGAAGUGAUUCUGGUAUCAUCUAUAAUUCUAAGGUUACUCAACAGUCCAUGAAAUUAGUUUUGCACGACCUGCCGUCAAUCAGAAGAGAAAAAAAAAUCUAGUGACCUGUUUAACGGGGAUCUCUGAGCCUGACUGUCUUUCUAUGUAACUGACCUUUCCACAGUCAAAGCCCCCAAAAAAUAAUCCAUUUUCUCUACAUAAUUUCUACUGGGUCACUGACUACUCUGUUGUUAUUGGGUAACGCAGUCAGCCUGUUGCAGUGAGCCCAAAUACCUCUCGUCCCGUCCUCUCCUGCCAACCCCCCACCCCCAUCCACUCCUAACUAAAGGCAGCCUGAAGGUCAGUGAGCUCCACCCGACAGCGACUCCCUUUCCAGACAGCUUGGAAGGCCCACUCUGUUGUAAGUGGAUUUCGCCGGGGACGGUGGGGUGUGUGUGUGUGUGUGUGAAUCCUCUCAUGCAGAAGCCUGGAAUAACCCAGAAAAAAGAGAUGAUAAAUCACGUGUACGACCAGAGAUUUAAACCCUUUUGGAUUACCUCGUCGCCUGUGGCUAUUUGUUAUAUAGGUCUGUCUGACACCUGUCGUAGUGCGCCAUCACUGGCCCAUGUGUUGUUUUCUGUUACAGGCUUCCUCGAAUGUCUGUUCAGAUUUGAUGACAACUUACACAAAUCAUGAAAAAGAAAGUGUGUACUAAUCUUGGAUGGAAUUUGUCAGCUAUCAUGUAGGGUGUAUGACGCGUCUGUGUUUCUUCUAAACAUAAAUCACAUAUUCACAACAAGUCAGCAAUUGGAGGGCACCCAAAAGAAACAUCUUUAUAUUUGGAUUACAGGUGAGGAACAGUUCAUCCUGGAAUUAAAAUUGUUUUUUUCUUCUUCUUGAAUUCCACUGCUUCUAUUGGUGGUUUCUAAGAUGGUUUCUUAUUCCCUUUGUGCAUGAUGUUUUGUUCAUAGUAAGUUAAUACGUAUACUUAACUCAUGGUUAAUAGAUUAGAUCUACCCUUAAUCUCUCCCUUCAUUUGAGGCUCAGUUCUAUAUUUUUCUCUACAUUUCACAGUCCAAUGAUAAUUUUGCAUUAGGCCUAUAUAAGGCACAAAAGACACAAGGCUAAAGUAGUAUACGGGAUUAAUGUUUGACAGCCAGUUACCACAAGCCCACGCAGGUAAGAGUAGGCUAAGCUUAUGUU